GCAAUCCACAGAGAUUCACCACAUUCCAGUUCAUCGAACAAUUUCUAAAUAGACUGUGUAACGACGAUGGCAGGGUGUGCAUCAUGAGUCGGGUAGAUCUCAUUAAUAAUAUGGUAAUAUCGUAAAGCUACACGUAAGUUCAACCGGUGGAAGAGGAUGCGAUGAAAGACAAGACACAAAAAAGAAUCUCAAAGAUGAUGAGCAAAUCGUUCCUGUGGGGCGUUGCUGCAGCCUCGUUUACCUGGACUAUCAGUUUGUACCUGUACUGGAAUCUUAGCAACUCCACGACAACCGCCGGAAACUCUCUUACUGCCGGACGUGCGAUGAAAACCCCUACAUCCGCCAUGGUGGACCUUCCACACCCUGCAAUGCAUCAAAAUAGUCUGCUCGAGGUGGACGAUAAAAGUCUCUCCAAAUCUAAGUUGUUCGACAAGGGACGGAGUUUGUUCAAAGAAAAGUACGAACGGUUCUUGCGGGAACAGGAGAAACGUCGCAUUAGUCAUCGGCUGAUCGACGAACUGCAACCAAUCUUUCCCAACGGGACGGAUGAGUUCGGGAUGGUGCAGAACUCGGAAGAACAAUUCAUCCGUGACAUUGGCUACAGGAUGCACGCUUUCAACGUGCUUGUUAGUAACAAGAUCGGUCUGUACCGAUCAAUUCCUGACACGCGGCAUAAGCUCUGCCGCGAACAGACGUACGAUAAGGUUCUGCCGACUGCUUCUAUUGUAAUGUGCUUCUACAACGAGCAUCCGGAAACGCUGGUACGCUCGGUUAAUACGGUGCUCAAGCGGACGCCGGCGUACCUUCUGAAGGAGCUGAUACUGGUGGACGAUUACAGCGAUAUCGACGGGUUGGAUAGCAACCUCGAGCAGGCGUUGCUGGCAUUGAAUUCGGACAAAGUGCGUCUUUUACGCAACAAGGAUCGUGAGGGAUUAAUGCGCUCCCGCGUGUACGGGGCACGAAACGCCACCGGUGAUGUUCUCAUCUUUCUUGACAGCCACAUCGAGGUGAACGUGGACUGGAUUGAACCGCUGUUGGCAAGAGUUAAGCACGAUCGAACCAUUCUCGCCAUGCCCGUGAUCGACAUUAUCAACUCGGAUACGUUCGCGUACACGGCGAGCCCAUUGGUGCGGGGCGGCUUCAACUGGGGUUUGCACUUCAAGUGGGACAACCUUCCGCAGGGCACCCUCGCGCGGGACACUGAUUUCGUUGGCCCCUUCCGGUCCCCGACUAUGGCCGGUGGUCUGUUUGCCAUCGACCGUGGGUAUUUUCGGGAGCUCGGAGAGUACGACAUGGGCAUGGAUGUUUGGGGUGGCGAGAAUUUGGAAAUUUCGUUCCGUGCAUGGCAGUGUGGUGGAUCGAUUGAGCUACUGCCAUGCUCCCGCAUCGGGCACGUGUUUCGAAAGCGGAGACCGUACGGUUCACCCAACGGGCAGGACACAAUGAUACGCAACUCGUUGCGGCUGGCUCACGUUUGGAUGGACGAGUAUUUACGCUACUUUCUCGAACAGCAACCGCACGCUCGGAAAGUUGACUUUGGAAACGUUACCGAGCGGCAGCAACUUCGCGAGCGACUGCAAUGCAAACCCUUCAGUUGGUUCCUGCACAAUGUCUACCCGCAAUUGCGCGUUCCUGGCGAGGCGAAAGCAGACGCCAGCAGCUCGGCCACGCAGGCAAAGUUUGAACCGUGGCACUCGCGUAAGCGCAACUACAUUGCCAGUUUUCAAAUACGGUUGUCAAACAGCACCCUCUGUCUUUCCACCGAGGCGGACAAUGAGAAGGCCCUCUGGAAGAAAGGUUCCGGACUGGUGCUGCAACCAUGUUUGCGUGUGAAGCAUCAAACUUGGUACGAGACGGAAAAGGCUGAGUUGGUUCUCGGGCAGCUACUGUGCUUGGACGUACCGUCCAGUGCUACGAAGGGACGACCAAAGUUGAACAAGUGCCACGAGAUGGGUGGUGACCAAGCGUGGAAACAUCGGAAAACGUCCGGUACACCGAUCUACAAUAUUGCUUCCGGCAGCUGUCUAACUGUGAAAGACAUUCGUAAAGGAUCUCCGGUGGGGCUGGACCUGUGCGUCAGUUCCCCCCGAAGCACCUGGGAUUUAGUAAUCUCGUGACUGAUGAAUUGAAGAAGAAAGUCGUAUGUAUUUGGGAAUCUUUUGAAUAUAUGUAUACAUAUAAAUAUUUUUUUUGGGAUAGGAAAAUAAAAUGCUCGUACCACAUCUAGAA